GUAAGAGUAAAGCGGAAGUAGAGGAAGAUAGCCAGCUCAAAGAUCAACGGCGCAGGGAAUCUAUCAAUUUCCAAAAUGAGUACAGAGAAAUAUCCUAGGUCCUCAAUCGAGGAUGAUUUCAAUUAUGGGACCAAUGUUGCCACGGCAAGCGUCCAAAUCCGAAUGGACUUUCUGCGGAAGGUGUAUACCAUUUUAUCACUGCAGAUCAUCCUCACCACAGCAAUGUCCGCUCUCUUCAUGUUCUGUGAACCCAUCAAAAUAUUUCUUCAUGCAAGCCCAGCUGUUGUCUUGGUGUCCUCGCUGGCCUCUCUGGUUCUCAUCUUUGCCUUGUUCAUUUACCGACACCAGCAUCCUGUCAAUCUCUACUUACUUGCUGGUUUUACUUUGUUGGAGGCUGUCUCUGUUGCAACUGCUGUAACCUUCUAUGAGUACUCCACCGUCCUGCAAGCAUUUAUCCUCACCUCGGCUGUGUUCAUCGGGCUAACUGCCUACACUUACCAGUCUAAGAGGGACUUCAGCAAAAUGGGAGCAGGAUUGUUUGCCUGUCUGUGGAUACUGAUCAUUGCUGGUUUCAUGAAGCUCUUCUUCAACAAUGACACCGUGGAGCUGGUUUAUGCAGGGGCUGGCGCUCUCCUCUUCUGCGCCUUCAUCAUCUACGACACCCACCUCCUGAUGCACCAGCUUUCCCCCGAGGAGCACGUGCUGGCCUCCAUUAAUCUCUACCUGGACAUCAUCAACCUCUUUCUGCAUAUCCUCCGCAUCCUGGACUCCAUGAAGAAGCACUGAGCCCCGAUGAGUCAGUGUUAAUGUUGAGUGUGAGGCAUUCCAUUUUUAUCACAGUAAUAUAUAUUUUUUUGUUUUAACGUUGGGAAUCAUAGGUGUGUGUCUUGGAGAUGGGAACCCUGCCUGGUUUUGUUUCUCUGGCUUGCUCUUUGUGACCUACAAGUAACUGCUCCUAACUUCUCUCCUAGGUCUACUAACCCUUAUCAAACUCCCCAUGAGUGAUUUGUGCAGUCACAAAUUCUCAAUCCAGUAGUGAGAGUUGAUCUUAUCCAGAGGUUCCUAGGAGACCUAAAAUAGUUAGUGCUGUGGGUCGCAGGAACACCAGACAGUUGUCAGAGUGUUUGAUAUGAAGGGUGUGUAAACUUUUUUUUGUGCCAGCGUGUUGUAAUUUAAAUAAGCUUGUACACUUGUUAAUGUACACUCCCAUCAAAAGUUUUUGCUUGCAUCUAAAGAACCAUUUGAGCCCUCUGUCCUCUUUUGAGUCCUCUUGGACUCGUAAUGAGAUUCACCAACUAUGCUUGGAAUGAAAGUCUGCUGAUCCGUGAUGGUUACUGUAUGUUGGCUGACUUGUCACAAUUGAUUGCCCAGUUGACUCACAUGACUUAUCAUCAGUAUAUUUUUUGGAUACAUUACAAGACAAACAGUUAGGACAGAACAUGUUUUAAGCACAUAGACUUUUGAUGGAAAGUGUAUGUUCAUGGUCAUGUAAAUAAAUUUGGUGUCAAUAGAUCUUA